AUGGCCAACUCUGCAACUGUCCCCGUCGACCAGGAAGACAUCCCUUCGAAACGCGAGUCGCAUUUCAACAACCAGCGCUCGUCGCUGCGUUCGUCUACCGUUUCCGAAGAGUCAGCGCACCGCCCACAACCACGGUCCCGAACACGCAGCGACCUGCGCCGUCUGCACGACUUCAACCUCGAUCUGGAAAAAGUCACUUCGGAGCGUGCGGACAGCGAACCAGUACCUGACUCCCCGACCUCGACCGCUUCGCCCGCGCCCAAUGUGCCAUAUACCUCGCGCCAACGCGAUUCAUCAUAUAGCAGCGUGAAGCGACGGGAACGACACUCCGGAAAGCACAACUCGCUCAGCACAGUAUCCUCGCGAGCUGGAGGUGGACAAGUGAAAUCAGGCGAAGACCUUUUGGCCCCAGAGUCCUGGCUGCACCUCUACAACGAAAACGCACAGUCGCCCAACCUCCCGCAGCCUUUGCGAACACCCAGGACGCGAGGGCAGAGCAGGCAUUCAAACCCAGAGUAUGGGAGCAGACCCGCGUCCCAAACACGGCAGCAACAGCGAUCGAGAAGACCCUCUUUCCCGCUAGGACGAGCAGCAACAGGCUCUCAAUUAGACAUUACCGCCUUACCCAGUAUGUCGCCUGUCCAAGAGCACGACAACCACAACCAUGCUCAAAACUACGACCCACACGCAGAGUACUACCUACGUUCCAAGCGCACCCCCAGCGCACAAAAAGCAUCGAGGUUGGCUACAGAACUCUACACGGUCUCCUACCUGAUCUUCUUCUCAAUAUGGGGUACGCUAGCUCGUCUGGGUCUACAAGCCCUGACCUUCUACCCCGGCGCACCAGUCAUCUUCUCAGAACUAUGGGCCAACGUAGCGGGAACCUUCAUCAUGGGUUUCCUAUCCGAAGACCGGCGUUUGUUCGCCGCAGAAUGGGGUCAACAUCAACACCGCGAUAGCAGACAAGGAGAAAAACUGCCAGAGCCAUCCGACUACCCCGCCGACCACACGCGCGACAAACCCCGGCAUGGCAAAGUCAAGAAGACAAUACCCAUGUACAUUGGCCUUGCAACAGGCUUCUGCGGCUCUUUCACCAGCUUCUCGUCUUUCAUCCGCGACAUCUUCCUCUCGCUAUCAAACGACUUGAAGAGUCCGAUUAAUCAUCCUUAUCCCCCGAAUACAGCCAUCCCUUCUGCAACUACGACUGUAUCGCGGAAUGGCGGAUACAGCGUCAUGGCCAUACUCGCCACCAUCAUCAUAACAAUCUCAACGUGCUACUGUGCGCUCCACAUGGGAGCUCACCUCGCGCUAGCCCUGGACCGGAUAACGCCUACCUUGCCCUUCCGGCUCACACGCCGCGUCGUGGAUCCGCUCUUCGUAGUGCUGGGCUGGGGCACAUGGUUCGGCGCCAUCAUCAUGGUGUGCUUACCGCCGCACUUGGUAUGGCGCUCCCAGGCCCUCUUCGCCCUCGUCUUUGCGCCCGCGGGAUGCCUGCUCCGUUAUUAUGUCUCCUUGGUGCUGAAUCCUAUCAACUCGUCGUUUCCGCUUGGUACUUUUACCGUUAAUGUCUUUGGUACGGCGGUCUUGGGUAUGGCGUAUGAUCUUCAGCACGUUCCGUUGGCUAGUACGGGGCGUGUGGGUGCGAGUGUGGUUGGGUGUAGUGUGUUGCAGGGGGUCAUGGAUGGGUUCUGUGGUUGUCUUACGACGGUGUCUACUUGGAUCGUGGAGAUUGAUACUUUGAAGAGAAGGGCUGCUUAUUUGUAUGCGGUCGCGAGUGUGGGUGCAGGGUUGGGGUUGUUGGUGAUUAUCAUGGGGAGUGUGAGGUGGACCGUGGGUUGGCAGGAGAUUCUUUGUGUGACGUGA